AUGCGGUUUGUUGUGCGAUCCGCCAUUGCACUUGCGCAGCAAAAUCGUCUCAGAGUGAGAUCCUUUGGGACGACUCGCAACUUUUCUUCCUCGUCAAAUGAGAGGUGGUUUUGGACAAAGAAGAUGACGCACGGGGACGCAAUAUCAAUUUAUUUCUUUUACAACUUGCUUUAUCUUGCUUUUGGACCACCUAAAAGCUGGAAGAAAAUUGCAGAAAUGGAUGAAGAGUUGAAGACGAAGAAAAAGAUGAAGAGUGAAGGAAAUUUGGAGAAGAUUUGUUAA